CACGCGCUUGAAAUGGCGGGUUAGCCGCGCGUCGACUCAUUCUCCCGCGGAACGCAUUGGCCGUUCGUCUUCUCCUCUCCCCUCCCAAGUUCUUAAACAGCGCUUGAGUUCACGCUCCCCUUGCAUCAACUUCCUCAAAGACAAAAUUUUCCGCCGGAAAGAUGACGUGAGGUAGCACGCAAGAAGGGUGUGCGUAGGUUAAGGAGGGAAAACUGCGUAGGAUAAGAAUCCACCUGGUGCGCAUAUUAGAUGUAGUGGAAAGAAAUGAAUAUACAAAUAGUUUUUUUUUGGAUUUAAAAAAAAAUUUGAAAAUUUGUUAAUGGUAAAGCUGUUGACUCACUGUAGAUCACGAUAACUCAAAGACAAAUACAAGUAAUAAUUAAAAAUUAAAAGAUUAUACGAAAGAAUACAAAAUAGUAGCAGAUCAAAUUGUAGUGAUAAGUAAAAAAUUUAUAAAAAUGAAAUAAAAAAAUGGGGAACAGUUUGAAGGGGGGUUUUAAGGUGUGACGUUCCAAGUAGGAUCGUUGUUGGGAAUGAUGGGACUGAGGGGUUUGGGAGAGAAGAAGGAGGCAUUGCUUGUUGGAUUUCAACUGGGUUUUUUUGCUGCUUCUGCUUUUUGCUGUUUUGGGACGCUCAAAUUUUAGCGGGAAACUUGUUCUAACGGACCCUUUAAACGAAAGACUCUAAAGCUUUCAAAUGCCUCCCAUAUCAGUUUAAUUAUGCAAAAUCUGCCUCCAUCGUCAUUUCAAGAAUCAUGAACUCUCCAUCAACCCAGUUUGUACCUUCAAGAAGGAUGGGUAUCUAUGAGCCUAUCCACCAGAUUGGCAUGUGGGGAGAAAACUUUAAGAGUAAUGGCAAUCCAAAUACAUCUGCAUCAGUAAUUGUUGAAGUGGAUAAUAAGCUAGAGAAUGAGUCUGAGACUGCUUCACAUGAAAUGCUAGCUCCUUCUAACAAGUAUGAUCAAGAAGCAACUAAACCUAUUGAUAAGAUACAAAGACGUCUUGCACAAAACCGUGAGGCUGCUCGUAAAAGUCGUUUGCGGAAAAAGGCAUAUGUUCAACAGUUAGAAAAUAGUCGUUUAAAGUUGAUUCAAUUGGAGCAAGAGCUUGAACGGGCAAGGCAACAGGGUCUUUACGUGGGAGGUGGAUUAGAAGGUAGUCAUCUUGGAUUCUCUGGAGCAGUAAACUCAGGGAUUGCUGCAUUUGAGAUGGAAUAUGGACAUUGGAUGGAAGAACAAAACAGACAAAUAUGUGAACUGAGGACUGCUUUGAACGCCCAUAUAAGUGAUGUAGAGCUUCGCAUACUUGUGGAAAGUGGCAUGAGCCACUAUUUUGAACUUUUCCGCAUGAAAUCAACAGCUUCAAAGGCUGAUGUUUUUUAUGUGAUGUCUGGUAUGUGGAAAACAUCAGCUGAGCGCUUUUUCUCAUGGAUUGGAGGAUUUCGCCCUUCAGAACUUCUUAAGGUGCUCGUGACUCAGCUAGACCCCUUGACAGAACAGCAAUUUUUGGAAGUUUGUAACCUGAAACAAUCAUGUCAGCAGGCUGAAGAUGCCCUUUCACAAGGUAUGGAGAAACUCCAGGAAACUGUGUCUGCGACUGUAGCAGCUGGUCAACUGGGUGAAGGUAGUUACAUUCCUCAGGUGGCUACUGCAAUGGAGAAGUUAGAAGCUCUAGUCAGCUUUGUGAACCAGGCUGACCAUCUUCGGCAGGAAACGCUGCAGCAGAUGUCUCGCAUCCUAACAACCCGCCAGGCAGCUCGAGGCUUACUUGCUUUGGGAGAAUACUUCCAACGUCUUCGAGCUUUGAGUACACUAUGGGCUACCCGUCCUCGUGAGCCUGCCUAGCCUUUCAAUGCAAGAGCAUGCAUGAUGGUAGAUGAUCACUACAAGAACCGCAUUCCUGCAUACAGAGGUGCCUCUUGGUGGAUGUGAUUAUAAACAUAAUUAGCAUCAAUUUAAGCUGCCAACAUUUUUCAUGCAGCUUUCAGAAAGAACUGAGAUUCUGAGAUUUUGUACAUAUGAGUAGUUAUUUUACCUAGGGGAAGUUUGUGGUUAAAUCAAUUUUCAAUGCCGUGUUGUACAUUAUAUAUACUCUUGAAAGGAUAUAUAUAGGUUCUACAUUUGAGUUAUAUACCAGUUGGAACUUUGAUGUAUACUUCUCUAGGGUGUUCUUUCUGUAUCUUGAACAUGGCCGAUACAUAAUUGUGAAAAGUUGCUCAUGUAUUGGAAUAUUCAGAAUAUGUUUAAUAAAGCUUCACUUAAUAUGAAUUCUGCAGUUCAUAAAAUACUUCCAAUCUGGAAAGCAAACAACUUUGUUUUUGAUGUAGUGCUUGUUUGCAAGUUUGAAACAGAUUCAGAAAUUAAUUUGUUAGACCACAAAAGCUGUAAUUGGGUGUAUCAUUUGUGUUUUUAAUCAGAUGUUAUGUUAAUCUUUCACUAUGGUUAGCUGUGAUAUAUAUCAAUUGGAGAGCAAUUUCUUGCUAGUUUAUAGCAGAUAUAUUGGGUGUGUUGAUUUAUAAGUAAUUGUUUGCCUGUAAAAUAUAUUUGAGUAGACUCACAUCUUCUUGUUCAUGUUACUCAAAGAUACCAAGUGUUUCCAAAUGGAUCAAAAGAGGGAAUUGUAGUUGCGAAUGUGGGCAAGCAAACAGCAGAAAAAGAAAAAAAAAACAAAAAGGAAAAAUUCUACAUAACUAGAGAUUUUUAGUGUCAAAUGUAAGCAUUUGAAAAAUUUUGUGAAGUCCACUAGUCUCCCAAAUGGUCAAAUUUUGUUAAUGUUGACCUCUUUCAUUUUUCUUUCCCCC